AUGUUUAUUUAAACAAGACGGCGAAUACACGCGCCUGCGCAUAAUUAUUUUGUUUUUUUUUUUUUAACAAAUAAACAAACAAGUGUCUUGUUGUUUCGUAUUUGUUUUAUUGUUUUGUGUAUGUAUUUGUGUGUGUGUGUGAUAAGUGAAUUAAUGUUGCUUGUGAUAAAAAUUUGUCGUUUUUCAUGCAAUCAAACUGCAGCAAUGUAUGUUAUUGGAUAAAUAAAAUUAAUAGAACAUAGAGUAUUUUGUCCACCUCGUGCCCAAACCACUCGAACAUGACGAAACAAAAUUCUUCAGCUCUCGAGAUUCGAGAUGGUAUGGACGCCUAUAGUUCCAAGGUCGAACUAGCGUGCAACGGUUCAAGGGAGGACUUAGACCCUUAUAUUCCGUCAGAGCACAGACCAUUGGCAUCAAAUACAUCGAGUUUCGGUGCGUUGGCACAUUUACUGAAAGCAUCGCUCGGUUCUGGAGUGUUGGCAAUGCCGCUCGCCUUCAAGAGCGCCGGACUGUUGGUUGGCAGCAUUGGUACCAUACUUGUCGGGUUUAUUUGCGCGCACGCCAUAAACAUGUUGGUGAAAACAUCACAACAGCUGUGCGUGGAGGUCAAGAAACCAUCAUUGGGAUACGCAGACACGUGCGACCUCGUCUUUCAAAAUGGACCGAAACCUGUACAGAAAUUUGCCCCAUUCGCAAGAGAACUAGCAGACUGGGCGUUAGCGUUGACUCACAUGGGAGCCUGUUGCGUAUAUGUGGUCGUAAUAGCUGAGUCCUUCAAACAGAUAUCUGAUGUAUACGGAGGACCGAACUGGACUGUAACAAUAUACUGUGCUUUAACGUUAGUUAUACUGGUUCCGUUGACACAAAUCACCAAACUGAAGUACUUGGUCCCCUUCUCGGCGUUAGCCAACUUCGUAUGGUUGGGUUCCAUACUUAUAUCUAUAUACUAUUGCUUGAGAGAUCCACCGAAAGUAUCUGAAAGGAAUCUAGCUACAUCUAUCACAGGAGUACCUAAUUUUAUAAGCACAUGUCUGUUCGCAAUGGAAGGCAUCGGCGUCGUGAUGCCGGUAGAGAAUGAGAUGACAAAACCUCAACACUUCCUCGGCUGUCCCGGUGUCUUGAAUAUCGCUAUGGUUAUUGUGGUGUUAAUGUAUGGAUUUGUUGGUUUCUCCGGCUACCUGAAGUACGGCGAUGAAGCCAGGGGCAGCUUGACUUUAAACUUGCCUCAGGAUGAAAUCCUCGCUCAGACCGCAAAGAUACUUGUGGCUUGCGUGAUGAUUCUAUCAUUCGCCCUCAUCUACUACGUCCCGGUGGAUGUGAUAUGGAGACGGAUACAAGAAAAAGUACCGGCUAAAAAUCACAGAUGGGGCAUAGCUGCGUUGAGAUUAAUUGGCACACUGCUUAUAGUUGGUAUCGCCUGCGCGGUCCCAAGACUGGAGCUCUUCAUGGAAUUAGUGGGUGCAGUCUGCCUUUCCACCAUGGGUCUGCUGCUUCCAGCUGUGACUGAGACGGUGUGGCGAUGGGGGAAAGACCUGGGCCCUUGUUACUGGGUUGUAUGGAAAAAUGCUCUUAUCUGCAUCUUCUCACUGAUAGCCAUGGUGUCCGGUGUAGCAUAUUCAAUAAUUGCCAUAUUGGAAAAAUUGUGAUACCACAGUAUUAGUUAUUUGUAAGAUUCUUUUGUAAAUAAUGCAGAAUAAAUUAAUGUAAUUUUACAUUAUUUAGGUACAAGCUAAUAUACAAUAUUUUUUUUUUGUAAAUAAUAUAAAUUUAUUGAUUUAAUUGUAUAAAUGUAAAAAAUAUUUAUUGUAAAUGUGGAUUUUUUACAUAUGAUCAUAACGUGUAAUUUUAAAUUUAAUUUAGAUUUAUAAUAAUUAAGUAUAGUAAUUAAACCUGACAUAUAAUAUU